UUAAAAAAUUUCAGACACCAAAAUUUUUGAUGUUAAACUUAAACCUCGUUAAAAGUUUGCCUUGAAAAAAGAGGGGACCUUAUUAAAAGGUUCUUAAAAAAUGGGAAUUGGUCUUACAGUCACCGGACAGUCAACUAUUGGACUACUACCUUCUUCAUCAACCCACAAAAAUUGCUACAACCCAAAUCAUCGCUCUCUUCAAAUUCAACCUUUUCCAUUAAAAUCAACAAUUGGGUCGAAUUAUUUUGGAUUAAAAACCCAGAAAAACCCAUCUUUUUCCAUAGUUAGGGCAUCAACUGAGGGCACAAGCAUGUCUAAUCCAAUUGAGAAACUGGGUGUCAAAAUUGAGAGGAACCCUCCUGAGUCUAGGCUCUCUGAGCUCGGUGUUCGCGAUUGGCCCAAGUGGGGUUGUGCUCCUAGUAAUUUUCCUUGGACGUAUGAGGCAAAGGAGACAUGCUAUCUGUUGAAAGGAAAGGUGAAGGUUUAUCCUGAUGGUUCUAGCGAAGCUGUUGAGUUUGGAGCUGGUGAUUUGGUUGUAUUCCCAAAAGGUAUGAAGUGUACUUGGGAUGUCUCAGAAGCUGUUGAUAAGCAUUACAAUUUUGAGUGAGCAUAUAGAUAGAAACCUGCUAUGGGACCUUAUGCUAAGCGUUGUAUGUCAUUACGUGCAGUUUCUUGUAUACUCUGAUUACCAUCAUCAUGUUGCUCAAUAAUCAUGUUAGAGAGGUCUAAUUGUUAUGGAAGUUAUUGAGAUUAGAUUUUAUUGUUGUCUUCAAGUUUUGCAAUUAUGAUGCGCUGUCACAAUUUCUUUCU